CCCCCCUUCUGCAAAGACAGUGGAUUCCAAUCGAAAAUGUCUCCUCCCUUAGGUAUAGCCACUCUUUCCCUCGGGAACGCUCGGUAUCAUCGUUUAAAACCUCGUAUUGAAGCUGCCGCCCGCGCCGGCUACCAAUGGAUCGACCUCUUCGAUGAGUGCUGGGCCGCUUACCUGGAGGAACACGGUCUUGCCGGGGACCAGCUCUGGGAAGCAACGGAAGAGAAUCUCGGUGUAGCUCGUCAACUUGGCGAUUUGGUGAAAUCCCUGGGCAUGCGGAUAGCCUGCACGCAGCCCCUCCGCGCAAUCGAAGGCAUCAAGGAUCCCGCCGAGCGCCGCGCCACCCUUGACCGGGUCGCCAAACGCUUCCCAUUCAUGCGAGCUUUCGACACCGAUCUCGUUUUCAUGUGUGCCAAUGUCCGCACCGAUGCGGGCGUUACAGCAGACCUGCAGACCGUUGCUCGAGAUCUGGCUGAAUUGGGGGACAUGGCAAGGGCUUACUCGGAUGCGGACGGGGGUCCUCUGCUCCGGAUUGGAUACGAGGGGCUGUCAUGGGCUCGGAGAAACACCUGGGCCUCGACAUGGGAAGCGGUCCGAAUGGCCAACCGACCCAACGUCGGACUGAUUGUCGAUGCUUUCAACGUUUUGGCCGUGGAGUUUGCGAACCCUUAUCACCCUGACGGCCACGGCAGGAUCUAUGCCACGCUGGAAGAGUCACUAGAUGUGCUCCGUGCCUCGCUCACAGCUUUAGUGGCCACUGUUCCCGGGGAUCGGAUUUUCUUCUUUCAAGUUGCGGAUGCCGAACGCGUGGAUCCAAGGACCUUCAGGCCUCCUACAGACCCGACAGUGCCUCGCUUACUUCCUUGGUCGAGAGGACAUCGACUUUUCCCUUACGAAUCGCAUCUCGGGGGGUAUAUGCCGGUUGAAUUGGUGGCUGCUGCGGUUCUUGCAACCGGUUAUCGCGGUCCCUUCUCGUUGGAAGUAUUCAACAACUCACUCAAUGUCCCUGGGGAGGAUGUACCCACCACACAUGCCCAGCGUGGUAUCGCUGGGCUGCGGAAGUUGGUGGAGGAGAUUCCCAAAGUGCCAUCAUUCUGGGAACGGGGAAAGAUGUUCGGGAGAUUGUGAUAUAUCACCUUUGUUUCGCAAAUAAAUAUUCUAGAAAAGGGAGAUAGAAUCUGUUCUCCACGUUUGUCAGUUCUAUCGACGUGCUCUAUUUUUAUAUCAUAGAUUUGCGAGAUAUCUCAUAGUAAAUCAUCCAUCUAAUCAUCAAAUCAUGCAUAUAUAUAUAUAUAC